AUGGUGUAUGCUCCAUCGAUGGACAGCAAUAAACUUUCCCUCCAUUCAACUCUCCUCACUUAUCCAAUGUUUUUCAAUAACUCAGACAAUUCCACUUACCUAACAGAAUCACCAACACCCGUCACCUGUUCCUGGAACGAAACCUCCAAAGUCUCCUCUCUCAAAUCCAACAACUCAUUGGCCUCGUAUGAGUUGACCCCAGCUGAGGUAACGGUCCUUGGCCUGAUUUUUGGAGUGCUCUGGCUAAUUUCUGUCCUGGGUAAUGCCCUUGUAUGUCUGGUCAUUCACCGCAGCCGAAGAACUCAGUCAACCACAAAUUACUUUGUGGUGUCCAUGGCCUGCGCUGACCUGCUGUUGAGCUUGGGCUGUGCCCCCUUCAUUUUGCUCCAGGUCAGCUCUGGCCGAUGGCCUUUGAGCACAGCAGCCUGCAAGAUCGUCCGCUACAUUCAGCACUUGUGCCCCGGUGUGCAGGUGUACGUGCUGUUGUCCAUCUGUGUGGAUCGUUUCUACACAAUCGUCUAUCCCUUGAGCUUCAAGGUCUCCCGAGAGAAGGCCAAGCGUAUGAUCCUAGCCUCAUGGCUAUUUGAUGCCACCUUUGUGUCCCCAUGCCUCUUUUUCUACGGCUCAUCAUCCUCAGUAGAAAGCCACUGUGAUUUCUUUCUGCCAGACUCCUGGGAUAGCCUGGCCUAUGGAGUGGCACACCUUCUGUUUGGUUUCCUGGUGCCAGCUAUACUUAUCCUCUCCUUCUAUCAAAGAGUGGUGCGGUACAUUUGGAGAAUCAGUGCUGAUGGACGCACGGUGCGUAGAACCAUGAACAUUGUUCCAAGGACUAAGGUAAAGACCAUCAAAAUGUUCCUGAUGCUCAAUACUGUGUUUCUCUUGACCUGGAUGCCCUUCUUUGUGGCCCAGUUAUGGCAUCCAAGGGAGCCAAGCGGACCAACCAGACAGGGGUUGCUGUUCUUCGCAGCCAUCACUUGGAUCUCCUUCAGCUCCACAGCCUCCAAGCCCACCAUUUAUUCGGUGUACAAUGCCAACUUCAGGCGUGGCAUGAGGGAGACCUUUUGCAUGUCAUCUAUGAAAUGCUACCGCAGCAAUGCAUACACAAUUACCGCCAGCUCAAGGAUGGCCAAAAAGAACUAUGUAGGGGUCAUGGAUGUGCCCAUUCCAGCAAAGACUCUCAUCAAGGACUCAGUAUAUGACACUUUUGACCGAGAAGCAAAGGAGAAAAAACUGGCAUGGCCCAUCAGCGCCAAUCCACCAAAUACAUUUGUCUGA